AUGGCUCCGAUUCCACGCCCAUCGUCCGCGCCCCGGCGGAGGUCGCGACGCGGGUCGCACUCUAGUGCUGCUUCAGACCACACCGCCCUCCGUUUGACCUACCGCGCGCACGACGAAGACCUCCAUCCGCUGCGAUCAAUGGCCGAGCGUGUUGGAAAGGAGGUGGAGAAGUUUGCUGAGAACGUUGACAGCUGGCUGAAAGACAUCAACGACAAGAACGUCACCCCGGUCCAGAAGCACCAUGCAACCCUGAACCUCGUGCAGAGGCUCAAGAAGGAAGCCGAUACCAACGUGCGCACGCUGCGGAGGAAAUUGACCCAGGAGAACCGUGGAGCGCCUAACAAGCGUCUUGACCGCGUGCGCGACUCUGAGAUCUUCCAGUCCAUUGAAGACGAGGACCCUGUCCCUGCUACGGGCACUCAGGGCGCGUUGAAGCAAUGGCAGUCGGAAGUUGCUACUUGGGAACUGCUUCGGACCCUUCUGGAGCAUGACCAGCAAGAACCGGGGACGGAUCGGCAUGGUAACAAGCGGAAGGCGUUGGCAGGAAUGCCUGCGCUCCACAAAUUCACCCCCGAGUCUGACGUCUGGGAUCGUUUCAUCUUCGAGGAUGAUAGCGCUCGGGAGAGGGAGCUCAUCCUCCGUUGGCUCGAAGAGACGGCGGAUGAGGCAGGAGAGGAUAUUGCUACUAUAAUGGAGGAGAAGUCGGGCCGCGGCAGUGGAACUUGGUCACAGGGCUGGCUUGAUACGAAAUUGAAGCUCAAGCAUGAGAAACGACUUCGCCCGUUCGAGAAGUCCGCGGAAAAGGCUUUCGCCAACGUCCGACGUGAUGACACGGGCGAGCCGAUUGCGUACCACCUGGAUCCGGAUGCCCCCACGCGCCAGGCCCGUGUUCUGGAGAAGUCAGAUGAGGACUACGAGAAGGCUGUCUGGAUGGCCAUGUGGGAGAUGAUGAGACGCGGCAAGCCUUGGCAAGAGAUCAGGGACUGGUGCAACGAGCACAACGAGCAAUGGCGGGCAGUCGCAUUGGGCAAGUCCUAUGAUAACCAGGACCGCCGAACCUCGUUGCGUGGGUCCAAUCUGGGCGCUCUCUGGCGCCGUGUGUGCUACGCCGCUGCGCAGGCUGGACAGAACGAGUUCGAGAGCGCCGUCUAUGGUCUCCUUGCUGGAGACAUCGCAUCAGUCGAGCCAAUUUGCAAGAACUGGGACGAUUUCCUCUACGUGCGACUUAACAAUGUCUUGUUAGCUCAGUGGGACCAGUUCCUGCACCAGAGGCUCCCUUCUGCCGUCCCCCAGCUCCCGUCACGACUCGCUCCCCCACCCAACACCCUUCAGUUGGUGGGUGCUUCGCCCAACGCAAACCGAUUCGUCGUCGACUAUCUCGCGGAGUUUGGCCCUACCCGACACGAGAGCAAGGAGCCUAUGAAAAUGAUUCAAGGAGCUUUGAUUGGAAAGUCGUUCCAAGAUCUCGCGUACAACAUGGGAAUCGCUUUAUCAAGGAAAGCCAAUGAGGCAUCUCGGUCAGCGUUGCUCCCCGUGGUGAACCAGGAGACAAAUGACAAGUUCCUUCGUCUUGCCGACAACUACGACGCCAUCCGAGUUGUUUCCCACAUGCUCCUCAUAAACAAGGCCUUUGGUUUCGAUAUCGACGAGUCGCCCGAUCGUCACAUCUACGAAAACGUCUUGGUCAGCUACAUCGACUUCCUGCGAAUGGCAGGCAAGAUCGAGCUUGUACCGCUUUACGCUUCGCAGCUCUCCGAAAAACGCUCGUGGGUCGUCCUCGGAGUUGCUUCUACAGACAUCCGCAAUUUCGAGGAGCAGAAGCUUCAAGUCCGACUCAUGGAAAGCUACAACAUCAAUCUCAAUGAAGUCCUUGAGCACCAAUUUGAAUACGCAAUGUUGGCGGCAAACUUCCGGGAGAUCAGCGAGGACUAUAUCCGUAAAUACGAAUUCCUCGAGCCUGCAAAGCACCAGCAAUGGCCUGGUCAGCGUAUUCGCAAAGCAUUCCUGCCAGACGCUGUCAGGCCAGAAGACGAAAUGCUCAUCCGCAGCUGUGAGUGGUGGAUGCAUCUCCCGGAGAGGUGGCACAAGACGUUUGUUGCCUUGACGGAGUCCCUCAAGUCGUUCUUGCUCUAUGGUCACAUGGGUGCUGCCGUUAGGCUUAUCGAGCGGUUGCCGUAUCGACAUGUCUCGAAACUGAAGACGGCUGAAAUGCCGAUCCUCGGUCGCGGCAUCGACGUAAUGGAAGACGAGGACGAUACGUUUGUUACUGUGGAAGGGGACGGGAACCAUCGCCGUUCGUCGCGCAGUAUGCGUCCCACAGUCCAGCAACGCCGCUCGCUCUCGCCAGAGACGAUCGAAAUCACAAGGAGAAUCAAGGCGGAAUUGAAGGACGACAGCAGACUCUACUUUGAGCUUCAGCAACUCGUACAAGCAAUCAAGAUGCUCGACGAGUGGCGAAUCGAAGAAGCCGAACUUAUCAAGUAUGAACUCCAACCAUUAUCUCUCUUGGAUUACGACAGUAUUGACGACUUCUUCAGCCUGAAAUCGACCGGUGGAGCCAUGCCUCCCAAGAACAAAAUUCGCAAUCUGCUUGAGAGCGUCUGCGAAGCCGCUAACCCCCUCCUUGGCGACACUCUCACACUCGCCUGUGAUGACGGCGAAGCCGAGCAACUGAUCCACCUCCGCCGCGCGUAUCUUCCGGAGGUGAUUCUCGGCUACCACAGCGUGCUCCACAGCGCAGCGCAUAUGGUUGGUCGCGACAACAUCACCCGAUGCAUGGACCUCGCCACAGCUCUCGCGGCGCCAGACAACGCCGAAUUGACUAACGUCUUCUUGGAGACGGGCCGCAUGCAGGAGCUCGUCACGGCAUUUGCGCACUCCAGCUUGGCGAUGGUCAGAUUGACAGAGGGUACUAGCGGAAAGAAGGAGCCGAGCAAGAAGCGCGCGAGGGACGGACAGACGAUGAGACUAUGGGAAGUCAACACAGGAAAUGCGGGGAACGGAGCGCAGGGUUGA